AUGCAAAGGCUUUUCGAACUAAGAGAAAUUAUCUGCGUUUUAUGUAGCUAUUGUAGCAACACCAUACCCAACACCAUCUUCAUCUGUAUUUCCCUUAUGCCGCUAUCAUCUCUCCUCUUUGAUGAAAUGAGGCACUGGAGCAGUUGCGAAGGAAAGACUAAUUAUGUAGCCUGCCUGUUAAACUCUUUGCUAGCCUUCAUAGUGAAUAUGAUUGCUGGUGAUGCUAACGUUAGCGGAUUAUUUCAGUUAACACACAAUACUCCAUCAAAGACAAUGGUGAGAAAAAACUAUCCAAUCAGCAGUAACAAUUCACUAUUGGAACCACGUCUAAUACUGGCUUUGAGAAUGGAAAUAAGACCAAGUAUAGUGAUGAAUAUGAGCCUAAUAGAAAUUCGAAAGUGA